GAGAACUCCAGCAGGCAGCUCCUCUUGUCGCCGCUGCCUUCCGCCCCGCAGGCCAGCGAGAGGGCGCGACACCCGAGGAGAAAGGAACGCCUUCGACAGGCGCGAGGGGAGCCGGGUGUAGCCCUCCAGCAGGCACAGCGCCCUCCCUCCGAGCGCGCGGCGCAGAGGCCAAGUUCGCAUUGCCCCCUUCGACUGGUGCGAGCCGCGCUCCGCACAUUCCUCCGGACCCACCCGGCCAGGACAAGGCGCGAGCCCCGCGGCGUCUCCAAGCGCUCAGCGCACUCCCUGCACCCCGGCGAGGGGCGCCUCGCGUCACCCACUCGGACCCCGCGCCCCCGCCUCGGGAGCUCCGGCGCCUCCUCGCGGCUCUCCUCUGCUCCCCCCACCGCAGGGCUAGCCGCAGCCUCCGGACCCCUCCCCCCACCCGGGGCCCCGCGCCUCCCCUCCCCCACCCCGGCCCCCCGGCCCGGGCUCUCCACGACCAGCCUGCGCUCCUGGCGCCCUCAUGUCUUCAAGGGACAGCCCGCGCGAAUUGACGUGGUGUCUCGUUCGGAUCUCCAGGCAAGACCUCAGCUCCCGCGGCAGCAUCAGACAGGCCCGUCUCGUACUCGCAGCCACUGCGCCCCGAGAAGGCGCGGAGUGUGGCCGCAGCCACUGAGUCGCCCGCGGCGCCCGGGCCCCCUUGCAGCCCCAGCCCAGAGCGCGGCGCGCGCAGCCGUGUCACCCCCCACCCGAGACAAGGGCGGCUGCUCGGACUUCGGCUACUGGGGGUGCCGGAGGCCCGCGGGAGAGGUGUCGGCAGCCCUCGCCCUGCUCGCGGCGGCGGCGGCUGGGACCUUGGCCGCCGCCUCCUGCUUGCCCUCGCUGCCCCGCACGACCCCAGAAUUGAAAACGCUUGCCCCUGACCUGUUGAGCGGGGCUCCGCGCUCCUGCCCUCGGCCCGGAUGGGUCUCCUGGCUGGGACUCCGGCCACCUGGAGUUAAUGUCCAACCGGGGGUCUGCGGAGACCGGAUCCGAGGUGCCGCCGCCGGACGGGACUCUAAGAUGAAGUUAUGGGAUGUCGUGGCUGUCUGCCUGGUGCUGCUCCACACCGCGUCCGCCUUCCCGCUGCCCGCCGGUAAGAGGCUUCCCGAGGCGCCCGCCGAAGACCGCUCCCUCGGCCGCAGCCGCGCGCCCUUCGCGCUGAGCCGUGACUGUAAGAACCGUUCCCUCCCCGCGGGGGGCCGCUGGCGACCCCCCGGCACCCCCACCCGCCGCACGCACGCACCCCAGGCCGGCCCGGGAAGGCUUUGUGCCUCUGGACCCGCGCGCCGCAAGGCGGCCGGGCGCUGA